UAACACGUGGUGCUCGAUGUCAUCUGCCCUGACGUUUUCUCUGUGUCUUCUGCUAUUUCCAUACCUUUCCUUUAGUCAGGAUGUUAUUACUUGCAAUGGAGUCGUGAAAAGUCAAUACUCGGCUAAUUAUCCACUCGAUUAUUCAAGAAUUAAUAUUCAGCUACUAACCAGUUCAGGUGCUAUCAAAGAAACAAGCGAUUGUUCACCUACAAACGGUUACUUUCUAAUACCCGUCUAUGACAAAGGAGAGUAUGUGAUAAGGAUUGUCCCUCCCACUGGGUGGAUAUUUAAUCCAAGUGAAGUUAAGUUAAACGUAGAUGGAUCUACUGAUGAGUGUAGCAGAGGGGAAGACAUUGUGUUUAGUUUUACUGGUUUCUCUGUCACUGGCCAGGUAAUUAUAAUUGGAAAGGAGAAGGAAGGUCCUUCAGGUGUGACUGUCUCUCUCUUGUCUAAGCCGGAUACUCCUAUAGCUACAAACUUGUCCAUAGAUGGAGGAAAGUUUUUAUUAGAGGGUGUUCCUCCUGGUCAUUAUGUACUUAAAGGUAGUCAUCCUUUCUGGAAUAUCAACAAAAAUGAAGUUCGUUUAGAAAUAUCUUCUGAUUCUGUAGUUGUUCCAGUUGGCUCUAUUAUAGUGGAAGGAUUUGAUGUCAAGGGUAAUAUUGAGAGUAAUGGUGAACCUGUUCGUGGUGUGAGGUUUCUUCUUUAUUCUGAAACACUCUCUGGCAAAUCCCUCUGUGGUGAAUCGGUAACAGAGUCUGGUGAUUGUGUUGCAGUGUCUGAUGCUAGUGGAGUAUUCACUUAUCACUCACUACCACCUGGAAAGUAUAAACUUGAGUCUCAUUAUGAAAGUGCUAAUAGUACAUUUCUGGUAUAUCCUGAAAGUCUGUCCUUUACUGUUAAGAAUGAUUCUCUUCUUGUCAUGCCAAAAUUUGAAGUUCAAGGAUUUACGAUAUUUGGAAGAGUGCUGAGUCAUCAUAAAGGUAGUGGGCUGGAGGGAGUGAAGGUUGAUUUUGGAGGGCAGCUACAGGCUAUCACAGAUAAAGAUGGUCGCUAUCAGUUACUUAAUGUCAGUGCAGGAUCAUACACCAUUAAGAUUGAAGGGAAUUCCCUCGAGUUUGAUCCAGUGAAUCUUGAUGUGUCUCCCACUUCCCCUGAGCUUCCUGAUAUCGCCCCUUCACGUUACUCUGUUUGUGGUCAUGUGACUAUCACACGUCAUCAUCGCAGCCUAAAAUUUUAUACUGAGUCUAGGAAUGUGGCACUGGUAUCAGAACCUGAAGAGAUCAGACAGGUUACAUCUUUGGAUUCCAAAGGAAACUUUUGUUUCAUGCUGUCUCCUGGCAAAUACUCCCUCAAGGUAACUGUAUCUGAAAAUGAGGCGGAGAGGGGAUUAAGUAUUCUGCCUUUGGCUCUCCCUAUUACUGUAGAAGCAGCUCCCAUAUCUGGUCUAGAGUUCAAUCAGUACAUUGUGUCUCUCUCUGGCUCUGUCUCGUGUUUAGUAAUGUGCAGGAGAAUGAAUCUACUGAUAGAGGAGCUACGUGUAGGAGAAGGAGGGAAAGAGGAGAAGGAAUUGAGUGCUAAGGUAACCAUACACGGUAGUAUUAGUUCUUUUACUGUUGAAGAAUUAUUACCUGGAAAUUAUAAAAUAUCACUAGAGGAUUCUUUACAAUGGUGUUGGGAAAAGGAGGAAAUUAGUCUAUCCAUUCCUCCCACUCCUCAGGACAAUCCUCCUGUGGUUCACUUCAAUCAGACAGGCUAUCUUCUUACCAUGGAUAUGUCACACGAUGCUGAUGUGAAUAUCAUGGAAGGUAAAGAAGUGAUAAUGAGCAUGUCAGUUAAAAAAGGAUUCAAUUACAUUUGUAUGGACAGAGAAGGUCAGUUUGUGAUUGUUCCUGUGUCCUGUCACACAUUUGAGGCUGACAUGUACAUGUAUAUGACGAGUGUUCCUUAUCCAAUGGAAAUAAAGGCAGUGGGUCAUAAAGUUGAUGUAGUGAUUCAUUGUCAAACGGAUGAUCCCAUUCUCUUGGACGUUACCCAUAGUAAUGGAACUACAUCUGUUGUUUCAGCUGAAAAAAGAGUCAAUGGAACGAAUGAUACAAUAUAUUAUUUCUCAUUCUAUGGAAGGCCAAAGGAAUGGGUUGUUCUAUGUCCUACAUCUCCCAAUCUCCUAUUUUAUCCCAAGAAAUACAACUAUACCAUUAAGAGCGACUGUCCGGAGUCUCUUCCUCCAUUUGAGUGUAGUCACGGUUUCUUUGUGAUUGGUCGGAUUGAUCCUCCUCUUUCUGGUGUUUCUAUUACAGUAACAACUGGAGACAAUGAGUAUAAUGUAACAACAGAUGAUGAGGGCCAGUAUAAGGUUGGACCAUUGUCAGAAUCAACCAAAUAUACUGUGGUUCCUUAUUUAGAAGAGUAUUCAUUUGAACCAUUUGAUGAUGACCUACACUCCUUUAAAGCAAUAAAGAAAUCAAAACUUACAAUUAAAAUCAGUGAUCAUUCCACUCAGAAUCCUUUAGCAGGUGUAUUGAUAUCAGUGAAUGGUGAAGGCUUAAGAAACUCUACCACUACAUCAGAAGAAGGCUUUGUAGCAUACAGUGACAUUCUCCCAGGUCAAUACUAUAUAAAGCCUUUAUUGAGGGAGUUUGAAUUUCAGCCUCCAUCAAUGGUUGUUGAUUUGAAACAAGGAGAAGAUUUAUCUGUUAAUUUUAAAGCCAUUAGAGUUGCCUUUAGUUGUAGUGGUAAAGUCUUGUCUCUCAAUGGGUCUCCAUUAGAGUCAGUUAGUGUUGAGUUAGUUUCCCAAGUAGAUAAUGAAGGUCAUUGCAAAAAUUAUCAUGAUGCUGUACUCACUGAUAAGGAAGGACACUAUAAAUUUAGAGGCUUACAGCCUAAGUGUCAGUAUCAGCUGUCGUUAGCAACUAAUGAUGAAUCAAUGAUUGAGAAAGGGCUACCUGUCACUCGCCAUUUUACAUUAAGUGAAAAGGAUAUUGAAGGAGAGAGCUUUAUUGCAGUGCUAAAGAAUGAACGAGUUUAUGUAACUGGAAAUGUCAUUAUUAAUAAUUUGGACCUAUUAACAUACAUUACAGUUGGUCUGUACAGUGAUAAAUAUUUAGAGUCUCAAGUGUUUUCAGUAGGAACUGAUCCUAUUGGUUUCUUUCGUAUGCCACCUCUCCCUCAUAAUAAUUCAAAGCCAUAUUAUGUUCAGUUGGAUUCCAGUCUGCUAUACUCUCAGUCUUACAAGGUAUUUGUUUCUAAUUCAAAUGUCUCUCUAACAGCUGGGAGAGACACACAUGUCACUUUUAAUGUUACAGCCAAAUCAGUCCCAUUAGCUAAUGGUAACAGUUACAGAGGAUCUUUUGUUGGUAUUUUUGUGGCACUGAUAGUUAUAUUUGUAUUGGCAAAUAUUGACAAGAUAUUAGUAUACAUAAGAGGAAGUGGAACUGGAGGAGGCUUUAGGGGAAAGAGACAUUAAUGAAUUCUUUUAGCUCAUAUAAUUUAUAUAGUGUCAAAAAUUAAAAUUUUGUUAUUGAUAUAAAUAAUUAUUAUAAAGUCACACGAA